GCUGGAGGUCUCUGGGUGCCUCCAUCAACUCCAGCAGCAGCUGCAACCGCUGCGACUGCAGCUGCAGCGACCAGAAUCACAGCAUCAGGGAGACCAAGCGACGCACAGCCGAUCCUAGCUGCCACGGCCGGUAGCGGAUUUGGCAACUAUAAUGGAAUUUAUGGCAGUCAGGACGUGAAACCGAUCUUCUCGGCGGCAACUCCAGCAUUCGGCGCUGGCAGUCUCUCAGCUCAUUUCGGUGGAGGCGGAGGUGGUAGUGCUUCGUUCCCGGCUCCAUCAUUUCCGGCACCCAGCACGCCCAAUCACAGUGAAGGCUAUGGCGUACCAAAGUACAUCCAACAGCAAGAAAACGGGAAGACCCGUUAUGCUUGCAAAGAAUGCCACAAAACCUUUGGGCAGCUCUCCAACUUAAAGGUACACGUCAGGUAUGUUCUUUUUGUAAACAGUUCUCUUACAUAA